CACUAAUAUACGUUUGUGAAAUGGUUUGCUGUCAACUCUGGAUCAUGUUAAUAUUUGUAUUACUGUGCGUUAACAGGAAUUAUUUCCUUGUUAAAAGGUUUGUCAGAGUUGACAUCCUCUAAAUGAAAUAUAUUUGAAAAUGACUGAUUGUGAACUAAUUUGUCAUAGAGAAUUCCUCCCCAUACAAUGGCCAAUGUUUUCUGGCAACCCACAUUUAAAAUGUUCAUUUUUUAAAAAUACAGUAAAACAAUGAUGGCAAGAACAUGUCAACAACAUGCCUGCUCUUACACUAACGAUCAUGUUAGCUGUAUAAUACCUGUUUUAUUCAUGAUAACACCAAAGAAAAACGUGUUGAGUUUAAUUGAUUGAAGUUGGAAGGGUCACCAAAUUAUGUUCAAGGUCCAAACCAGUCUUGGACCGGGUCUGUUCGGAUUGUGGGUAUCAUUUCACAGGCUUCCAUCAAUAAUUGUCUGGAAUUUUGACCCAUCCUUCCUCACAGAGCUAGUGGAACUGAGUCAGGUUUGUAGGCAGCCUUGCUCACCUUUUCAGCUCCACCUCUAGGACUGAGGUCAGGGCUUUGUGGUGGCCACCAUAAAACACUGUCUGUCCCUUUGUUACUAAUCUGGUGAUAGGCCCCUCCCAAACCGGGUAUGACAUGAAAUAAGGAACGUGUAAUUAUACAGCUGUCUGUACCCGACGUCUUCGCCCAGCUCCUGCUUUCAGUGACGUAGCUGCGGUCACGUGGUUAUCCGGAAGCUGCGGUGCGUUUACCUUCGCUUACACUGUGCCACCGAGCAUCCUCCGUCUGCGACGAAAUCAGACACAAUCUGAGGAGAUGAAUCCGUCCUGUUGGCCAUCUCUCUGCUGGUAAUGACCCCUCCGUGACCUCAGUCAUCGUCAUGGCGUCCUCAGGUUACACCUUCAUCCCGGACAGCGCCACAGAAAAGCAUAAACUGCUGUCCUCCAUGUCCAGCUAUGGGUCUCAAGAUGUGCCUGGAUGCGGGAUCCACCAUCCCACUGGUCUGGUGGGCUCUGAGUUUCACCGACAGCUCCUGGAUAAAGAUGAGGAGGAAGAAGAGGAGGCCCUGAGGCGAAAACUCAAGUACUUCUUCAUAAGUCCUUGUGACAAGUAUCACGCGAAGAGGCGCAAGCCUUUCAAACUGGGCCUGCAGCUGCUCAAAAUCAUCAUUGUGACCGUGCAGUUGGUGCUGUUUGGGCUGAGCAACCAGAUGGUCGUGACAAUCAAGGAGGAAAACACAGCGGCAUUCAAGCACCUGUUCCUGAAGGGUUACCAGGACAACCAUCCCCAAGCUGUCCACACGCAAUUGGAGCUGUACAACCACAUCAGUUUUGUCAUAGAUCAGUACAUGACUCUACCUCAGAUCUCUCUGGGUCGGUAUGCAUAUGUAAAGGGCGUUGGUGUAAAUGGAAGUGCUCUCUCCCUCUGCCAGAGGUACUAUAAGACAGGCACUAUCGACCCCGUCAACGACACAUUUGACAUUGACCCACAUGUUGUCACAGAUUGCAUUGGGCUCGAUCCAACGUCUGACAGUUCUGCACCAAGCAACGGUGACUUCAAGAAUUUCACUCUCCAGUUUUACAAGUUGAUCAAUGUAACAGUUGAUUUCCAGCUGAAGGCCAUCAAUAUUCAGACAAUAAUCAACAAUGAAAUCCCCGACUGCUACACCUUCGUCAUCACGAUCGUCUUCAACAACAAAGCUCACAGCGGCCAAGUUAAGAUCUUCCUACAGAACCAGGCAUCCAUAAAAGAAUGUAAAGACCCUAACGUGUCCGGACACGCGGAGAGCUACGUAAGAGAGUUCUUCGAUGUGGUGGUGGCCAUCGUCUGCCUGCUGUCGCUGGCGCUGUGCGGCCGCUCCAUCCUCAAAGGAAUCCUCCUUCAACAUGAAUAUGUGCAGUUUUUCAAACACAAACUGGAACACACUGUUAGCUGGGGGGACAGAAUGGAAUUCAUCAAUGGCUGGUACAUCCUGCUCAUCAUCAGUGACAUGUUUACCAUUGUUGGCAGCUUCAUCAAAAUUGGGAUAGAGUCCAAGACUUUGUCCUCCUAUGAUAUUUGCGGGAUCCUACUGGGAACAUCCACUCUGCUGGUGUGGGUGGGAGUCAUCCGCUACUUUAGUUUCUUUCAGAAAUACAAUAUCUUGAUUGUGACUCUAAGAGCUGCUUUUCCUAAUGUUAUCCGCUUCUGCAGCUGUGUAGCUGUUAUUUAUUUGGGAUACUGUUUCUGUGGAUGGAUUGUCCUGGGACCUUACCAUACUAAGUUUCGCUCCCUGUCCACGGUGUCAGAGUGUCUGUUUUCUCUCAUCAAUGGGGACGACAUGUUUGUGACAUUUGCUGAGAUGGAGCAAAGCAGCACACUGGUGUGGAUAUUCAGCCAGGUCUACCUUUACACCUUCAUCUCCCUGUUCAUCUACAUGGUGCUGUCCCUCUUCAUCGCUCUCAUCACUGGAGCCUACGACGCCAUCAUGGCCCAAACAAGGGAACAAGUUCCCCAGACAGACCUGCACACAUUCAUCGCACAGUGCACAGACACGCCCAGUUCUGGCAAAUUCCGUGGGCCUGAGGGGUCGUCAUGCUCCUUCCUCUGCUGCUGUGAAUGGUAAGAAAGAGGACGAAAA